UAACAUUAUAUUUUUUAUAAAAAAAAAAUGAGAUUAAAUAUUACCGAUUAAGACUUAGGGAGUGAUACCAAAUUGGCCAAAAUUGAAGGGGUUAUCAUGAAAUUUGCCCAAAGAAAACUCCAACCCAAAAAAGAUGACUAGUAAGAGUUGGCUAUUACGGGUCAGCCGUCAACGCAGUGACAAACACUCCAGUCACAUGCUAACCGAAACCCACCAAAUGAAUUCUUCCCCAAACCACACGCUCGCAAGAGUUGAUUAUCUAGCUUGAUUCCUGAAUCUUGAGGCUUCGGACAGAACCAGCAAGCCAUGGUUCUCCUCUUCUUCUUCCUAUCCUCCUUUGUUUUUCUUUUCGUCUCAAUCCCUGCACCAUCUUCAGCUCAGCACCAACUCAACAUAUCUUCCUUCUCCCUCUCCGACUCCCCAUGGAGACCUACCCAAAACCAAACCCUUCUAUCCCCAAACUUCAUCUUCGCCGCCGGCUUCCGCCCGGUACCCACUGACCGGAACCUCUACCUCUUCUCAAUUUGGUACCGCAACCUCUCAACCGCCGUUUGGUCCGCCAACGCCCGUUCUCCGGUCAGCCGCUCCGCUUCUUUGCGCAUUACCGCCGCCGGCGAACUACGCCUCGACGACUCCUCCGGACGGAACUUAUGGCCGCGUGGAGCCGUCGGCAACCCAAACUCCUCCCGCCUCAUCCUAGGCAACGACGGCAGCUUGGUUUAUGCAAAUUGGGCGAGUUUUCACAAUCCCACCGACACCAUUCUUCCCACUCAAACCAUAAAUGGCACCGAAUUAGUCUCGAAUAAUCGAAAUUUUGCACUUGACAACUCCAGCCAACUUGUUUUCAAUUUUUCUGAUAGUUACUGGAGUGCCAAUCAUGCGAUGCAGAAGCUGGAUUCCGAUGGUAAAAUAGUCCUAGAAAAUGGAGAUAUGCUCCUCUCUGCAGAUUUUGGUGCUCCCCGUUUGCGGAGAUUGACGCUUGACGACGAUGGGAAUCUCAGAAUUUACAGCUUGGAUCCGAGUUCAGGUCAAUGGACCGUUGCUUGGCGAGCGAUACAAGAUUCUUGCAGGAUUUACGGCUCUUGCAGCCCUAAUUAUAUAUGCAUAAGCGAUGGGUUUAAUUCUUCUUCUUGCGUCUGUCCACCGGGGUUUCGGAAAAUCGGCGCCGGAGAAAGAGAGUCGUGCCAGAGGAAAAUUCCUUUUCCGACGAGACGGACGAACAGCAAAUUUCUCCGGCUGGAUUACGUUAACUACUCCGGCGGAUCGAACUACACGAAUGAGAAAGUUUGGAAUUAUGCAGAAUGUGAAUCCAAAUGCUUGGAUAACCCGAAUUGUCUCGGGUUCGUAUUCAAGUAUGACGGGUCCGGGUACUGCGUCCCUCGGCUCCAACAACUGCUAUACGGGUACUGGUCUCCAGGGACCGAGGCCGCCAUGUUUCUCCGGGUGGAUAGAUCCGAAUUAGACGUGUCCAACUUCACGGGUAUGACGGACUUACUCGAAACCACAUGUCCGGUCCGAAUAAGCCUUCCUCUCCCGCCCGAAGAAGGCAAGACAAGGACCCGAAACAUAGCCAUUAUAUGCACUCUGUUCGUUGCUGAACUCAUUUGCGGGGGUCUUUUCUUACGGGCCUUUCUGAAGAAGUACGUGAAGUAUAGGAACAUGGCUCGGACCUUGGGACUGGAGCUCCUACCCGCUGGCGGACCCAAACGGUUUACUUAUUCGGAGCUUAAAGCCGCAACAAAUAAUUUUUCGAAUCCGGUCGGGCGAGGCGGGUUUGGAGAUGUGUAUAAGGGCGAGCUCACCGAUCACCGUGUUGUCGCCGUCAAGUGCCUGAAAGACGUUUCCGGAGGCGACAACGAGUUUUGGGCGGAGGUGACCAUUAUAGCCCGGAUGCACCACCUCAAUUUGGUCCGCUUGUGGGGCUUCUGCGCCGAAGUAGGUCGAAGGAUCCUAGUGUACGAGUAUGUCCCCAACGGUUCUCUGGACAAGUUUCUUUUUCCUAGGGGCCGGGUCGGGUUUUCAGAUCGGGAAGGAACGAAUACGGGGCAAAAGCCGAUGCUGGAUUGGAGCAUCCGUUAUCGAAUUGCGCUGGGCGUGGCGAGGGCAAUUGCGUACUUGCACGAGGAGUGCAUGGACUGGGUCUUGCACUGCGACAUCAAGCCCGAGAACAUACUCCUGGGCGAUGAUUUUUGCCCAAAGGUGUCGGAUUUCGGGUUAGCGAAGCUGAGGAAGAAGGAAGAUAUGGUGAGCAUGUCCCGGAUCCGGGGGACCCGCGGGUACGUGGCGCCGGAAUGGUUGAAGUCGGAUCAUAUAACGUCGAAGGCUGACGUGUACAGUGUUGGGAUGGUGUUGCUGGAGAUUGUGAGCGGGUGUAGGAAUUAUGAGAUGCAGGGGUCGUUGAUGGACAGCGAGGAUUGGUAUUUUCCGAGAUGGGCGUUUGAUAAGGUGUUUAUUGAGAUGAAGGUGGAGGAGAUUUUGGACCAUCAGAUCAAGCAUGCUUACGAUGAUCGCCUGCACUUCGACAUGGUCAAUCGAAUGGUGAAGACGGCCAUAUGGUGCCUCCAGGAUCGACCGGAGAUGAGGCCGUCGAUGGGGAAGGUGGCCAAAAUGCUGGAAGGGACGGUGGAGAUCACAGAGCCGCAAAAGCCCACCAUUUUUUUCUUACAAGAAGAGGGACCACAAGUCCCAAUUCCUAAUUCAAGUCUGGUUCCUUCUCCUGUCUCUACUAUUAAUUAAGCAUUCUUUUUUAAAAUAAAAAUAAAAAUAAAAAUAAUAUUGUACUCGGCAUCUAUUUUUUAAUAUAUUAACUGAUAGUUUUAUCUUUUAA